GUCUUUCUUUCUCUGUGUGUCUGUGUCUGUCUAUCUGUGUGUCUGUCUGUCCACGCAGCAUCCUCACGACUGACCUCGCCAGAGAAAUGCAGAGCACAGUAUCAUUAGGAGAAUUGGUUUGGGGCGGCGCAUCACGAGCAGAGCGCAUCCACCACUGGACGGAUCAAAUCUGUGCUGUCUGACGCUCAAGGAUUUAUGGGUUUAGUCAAAAUUGCUUUUCCCAGUGUGGAGAUUAAGCUGUGUAUGAUGUUAACUAAACAGACGUCUGUGUCCGUUCAGGCUGCAUCACUAAAGAAAGGAUUGAGGCUCGUUCCGGCUGCAGAGCGUCGAGGAUGUGAACACUGAACAGGGAUAUGAGCACCAUGCAGCUGGAGACUGUGUUUGUGUUCAUCUGCGUCUGUCUGGUGGGCGCCGCCGGAAGAUCAGCACACAAAAGAGGUCACAGACCGGAGCCCUACAAGCAAAGCAGAUUACGGAGAGAAACAACACGAGUCGAUGGAGGAACCCACAAGUCUGGCAGCCCAAUCUUCAGAAGAAGUCCAGACAUGACAAAGUCUCCUAUGACCAAAUCUGAGCAGCUGUUGAGGAUAGAUGAUCAUGAUUUCACAAUGAGACCAGCAUUUGGAGGACCUCCGAUUCCAGUCGGUGUGGAUGUUCAGGUUGAAAGCCUCGACACCAUCUCUGAGGCUGACAUGGAUUUUACCAUGACCCUGUAUUUGAGACAUUACUGGAAAGACGAGCGCUUGUCCUUCUCCAGCACCAAUAAUCAAAGCAUGACGUUCGACAGCCGGCUGGUGAAGAAGAUCUGGGUGCUUGUUCAUUCCAAAAGAUCCUUCAUCCAUGACACGACAACAGACAACGUGAUGCUACGAGUGUAUCCCGACGGAAACGUCCUGUACAGUCUGAGAGUGACCGUCACUGCCAUGUGUAACAUGGACCUGAGUCGAUUUCCUCUGGACACACAGACGUGCUCACUGGAGAUCGAGAGCUAUGCGUACACUGACGACGAUCUUAUGCUUUACUGGAAGAAGGGCAACGAGUCGCUCAACACCGAUGACAAGAUCUCUCUGUCCCAGUUUCUCAUCCAGAAGUUCCACACCACAACUAAGCUUGCGUUCUACAGCAGCACAGGCUGGUACAAUCGUCUCUACAUACACUUCACUCUCCGGCGUCACGUCUUCUUCUUCCUGCUGCAAACGUAUUUCCCGGCCACGCUGAUGGUCAUGCUGUCCUGGGUGUCGUUCUGGAUCGACCGCAGAGCCGUGCCGGCGAGGGUUCCUCUCGGCAUCACGACGGUUCUCACGAUGUCCACCAUCAUCACCGGGGUCAACGCCUCCAUGCCCAGAGUCUCCUACAUCAAAGCCGUGGACAUUUACCUGUGGGUCAGCUUCGUCUUCGUCUUCCUCUCUGUUAUUGAGUACGCGGCUGUCAAUUACCUGACCACCGUACAGGAGCGCCGAGAGAGGAAGCUUAGGAAUCAACUGCCUUGCACGUGUGGAAUAGAAAACCCAGACGGGGACAUGAUGAUGACCACGUGCUUCAGCGACGUGGAUCCCAGUGCAGCAGGGACGUAUGGGAUGCCUGAGAACGGCGCGAGGCAGGAGCGGAUCCUGGCCCAGCUGACCCUCGCCGACAGCCAGAGGACGAGUCGCGUGAAGACCCCCCGGGGAUACGUCAACGUCUGGAUAGACACUCACGCCAUAGACAAGUACUCGCGAGUGAUCUUUCCCGCCGCGUACACGCUCUUCAACAUCAUCUACUGGUCCAUCUACUCCUAACACCACGGCGGAUCUGUACCAGAACAGUCAUCCGCCGGCUCUCUCUGCCUUCUUGAGCCAGGAUCUUGAACUCUUUGCAUUUUUAAGUGUUGUACGUUUCUGUUAUUCAACAAAAGCAACUACUUGAGUUGAAACGUGUUAUUCCUCAGUUCCUCACAAAUAAAGAUGAGACGCCACUGGUGUGAGAAUCAGAGGACUGAUCCGACAAAAGCUGCCCAUUUAGAGGCUGCACACGUGACUCCUUCAAGACUGAGUCAACACUAGUUAUUUUAAUAGAUGUGUUUAUCAGGGACGUCAGUCAGUGAAAUUCUUUUGUUAUUUGUGUAAUGUUGUUGUGGUCACACAUUAAGAAAACUACAUGCUUUCUGGGUGUGUCAGUUUGUGUGAAUGUACAGCCGUGUGCUUUCGCUCGUCUCAAACACCGUAACACAAGUUUCCUCACUCGUGUGGACAUGCAGUAUGUGAGGAUGCAGUGCUCUGCUGGCGUUCACAUGAACCUUUCUGCACGAUACUGAUGUUUUCUAUUCACAAGAGUCUUUAUAAACAUCUAUAUUUAUUAAAAUAACUUCCUUGAUAAAUGCUUUUAUAAUGUCAUUUUUCAUGUUUAAUAUUACAAACUGUGCUGUGCUUUAAUAAAAU